UUGUGGAUUCUCUCACCUUGAUCGAGAUAUAAGAGAUAUUGAAUUUAUGGAGGUCAGAAGGAGAAAUGUGCAUACCACCAACAAAGGUCCGAGGCCUAGUGUCUCACAAAUAGUAAAUGAGCUAGAUGUCUUCCCAAAACUUCCACGAGAAUGCAAAAAAUCAACAUGGAGUGGUGGUCUAGUUACUAUUCUAACAUUUUGUUGCAUAUCUUGGUUGCUUAUAAUGGAAUGUCGAAGUUAUCUUGAUCCCCCCGUCAAUUAUUCUUACGAACUAGAUAAAUCCACCUCUCGGUAAGGAUUUUCUUCUCCAGAUCUCGUUCUAGAAAAGUAAAAGUCAAUAUCGACAUUGUUGUUGCCUCACCAUGCCAUGAUAUUUCAAUGGAUGUGGUGGAUACUUCUGGGUCCUCUCUGUCUGAUGAAGAGAAUAUUCAGUACUUACCAACAUCUUUCGAACUUAGCCCAUCAGCCCGAGCCGCAUUCAAAUAUCGACAAUAUAUAGCUGGGGCUCUCCGUGCAAAACAUCAUACUAUACAGCAUUGGUUGUGGAAAUAUGCCUCUGAGACAAGUGUUUUCACAGACUUUGAAGUCCCUGUGGUUGACAAAAAGGUUUCUGAUGACCGAAAUUCUGAUGCUUGUCGAAUCGUUGGUACUUUGUUCGUUAAAAAGGUUGGGGGAAACAUACAUAUACUAUUUGGGAAACCUCUGAACGGGUUCGGUAAUUUUCAUCUACAUGUUGUACCAUUUUCAAGCCAAUCGGUUCAAAAUUUCAGUCAUCGAAUAAAUCAUUUUUCUUUUGGUGAUCUAGUUAAUGGACAAAUACAUCCGUUAGAAGCUGUUGAAUCUGUUACUGAUGUUGCCUUUACAUCAUUUCAAUAUUUUGUCACAAUGGUCCCUACCAAAGUGGUUAAUCAUUUUCAUAUUACAGAAACUUAUCAGUAUGCAGCAACUUUACAGAAUAGAACAAUUAAUCAUGAUGCUGGAAGUCAUGGAAUACCUGGAAUAUUUUUUGUUUAUGAUACUUUUCCAUUAGUUGUAAAAAUAACAUAUGAUCGUGAAUUAUUAGGUACAUUUUUUACUCGACUUGCUGCAUUAGCCGGUGGAAUAUUUGCAACAGUUGCUUAUCUACGUGAAAUAUUAUCAAAUUUACCUGAUAUUUUAUUUAGAACACGUUUAGGUCGUCAAUGGAAUAAUAGUUGGACACGUGGAAAACGAAAUAUUUGCAUUAAACUAUCUGAACAUCUUCCAAAUAGUUUAGAUAAAACUGGUUUUUUAACUCCAUCAUUAGAGAAUGUAUUAAAUCCAGACUCAGAUACUUGAUUUAGACAAUUUAGUCUCCAGUUCAAUGAAUUACUCUACUGUAGUCAUUAUUAUUAUUAUGAACCCUAUUACUUUUCACCAGCUCUAUCUGUUUUCUGUAUCUAAUAUUACCUUUUCUGUGAUUUGUAUUUAUCGGCACAAUGUUUAUGUAUGUGUGUGUGUGUGUGUAUAAAUGAGUGUAACUUUUUUUGUCUUGUACUGCUGAAUUACUUUUGUGUACAGUAUCUUUGACCUUUAAUAUCCAAUGUAUUCACAUACUUCACUCUAGUUCCUUUAUGAAAUUUUGUAUGUUUCUAAAAGAUUUUUUAUUUUAAUAAAAUAAUAACUACUAGUACUGC